AUGUCUCUUCUAUCAGCUGCUAGAGGUGUUAGUCAAGUAAUGAAUCGUUGUGAGGAUGCAAAAUCGACAGGAUUUUUAGAUUUGUCAGACUGUGAAUUAAUGUAUAUUGCUGAUGCUUUAUAUAUGGUAUUGAGUGGUUAUGAAAUUAAUAGAUGUAGUUUAAAAAAUAAUAAAUUAAAGAAAUUUCCAUUAAAAAUGAUUGCAAAUUUUCCAAAUAUGGAUGUUUUUAAUUUAGAGGGUAAUCAAAUAACAGAAUUACCCACAGAAAUAUCAAGAUGGACAAAAUUAAGAGGGAUAAAUAUUGCUAGAAAUAAAUUCACUCAAUUUCCAGAACAAUUGUUUGAAUGCAAAAAAUUGACAAUUUUGGAUAUUAGUGGAAAUUUAAUAAAUGAAAUCAAUCACUUACCGUUACGUUCUUCGUUAUCAACACUAAAACAAUUGCAUAUGAAACAAAACCCAAUUUGUCAAAGGCUGGAUAUUAUUGAACAAAUCUGUGCUGAGCUUGAACCACAAAUAAAAGUUUUGCACAAAUAA